ACAAUGUCGGACACUCUACCCUCUCGCUACGACAAGCAUGCACCUCGCUUCGAUCCGGAACAGCCGCGGACCCUACUUCGCUAUUUCGAGGACCUGGCGGACUUAUUUGCCGCUCAUCCAAAUGCGGUCCCGAAUGAAGCAACGAAAAAGGCGGUAGUGGUGAAAUAUGUGCCUAUGUAUGAGGAGGAGCUAUGGAAAGGCGUCCCGGAAUUUUCGGACGACUCCAAGACCUUUGAGGAUUUUAAGGGAGCAGUCUUGGCGUUAUACCCAGCUGUUAAGGAGGACCAGAGAUAUAGCGUCGGGGAUAUGGACCGACUAGUGGGGGAAAGGCAACGAGUGGGCAUCCACAAUUUGGCGGACCUGGCAGCAUUUCAUCGCGACUUCCUACUUAUCACUCGAUACCUGCGCAAGAACGACAUCAUUUCCGUUCGAGAGCAGGGGAGGGCAUUCCAGCGAGGGUUUCAGCCGGAGUUGUGGAACAAAAUAUUCGGGCGACUCCAGAUCAAGGACGUAGACCACCAACCAGACACUCCAUAUGGCGUGGACGAGGUUUACAAGGCGGCGGAGUUUAUUCUUCAUGGAACGUCGGCCAUAGGAACCACAGAGAAGCAUGCGGAGCCAUCUCGGAGUGCUCCGAGCGCACCGGUGGUGAAGACGGAGGACCUAUCAUCAUUGGUGGAGGUCAUCACAAAAUCCAUCAGU